AUGGUCUCUCUCCAUGGCCUCGAGCUGGUUCUCUUUGCUUGGGUGAGCAUUUCGGGAGAUGCUGCAUCUCACCAAAGCAACUGCAGUCGCCUGGAUUCCGCCACAAGUCCCACCGACUAUGUGAACCUGAUACAGGUGAGGCUGCGCGCAUCAUCUGUCAUGCAGGCUAAAGCGCCACGCCUGCAGCUCUCGGGCAGGCCCUUUGGAAAUUGGUGGAAGCGACGCUCCCGCCGGCGAGAUCGACGUUGCUACGAUCGCUACGCAUACCGGUAUGGGUAUGGAUGCAAGCAGCAGACAGCAUCUUCCUCGACCUCGACCUCCGUGCAAUCAACCACCUCAACCAUAACGUCCAAAUCGAUGGAGAGCUCCACUUCCACUUCGACUGCAGUAUCGGCCGCGACAACCACGACCACGACCACCACGACCACCGCGACCACCACGACGAGGCCACAAUGGCAGCUGGUGUUUCGCCAGACGAUGCCACACUUGUAUGCAGCUGCUGAGUGGUCCAAGAACACAAACGACACGAGCGCAGAGAAUUUCGCUAUCCUGGAUCAGCUCGAGUCCUUCCGAGUUAAUGGCAGCUUCUACUUCAUGCUGAGAUGGCCAACGAGCAACUUGGAUGAUCAGAUUUGGCAACAGACCUCCAACCCCGUGACUGCCACAUUGGGCACGGUCACUGGCUACGAAGCUAUUUCCGUGCCGUAUACUUUCUACAGUUGGGCUGGGCUCCGCCGCAGCGAAUCAAGCGCGCUGCUGGACGGCUCCAGCUUGGGAAACAGUAGCCUCUGGUUCUACGCUGUCGGAGCAAGCGAGUCCUUCAGCGAUGGCAUUCCAGGACCCAACAUCGUGGUGGAUCAGGUGGAGCUCUGGGUAUCCACCAUCGAGGUGCUGCCGUCGAGCACAACAUCCGAGACAACGAUAUCGUCGUCAUCGAGCCCGACCUCGACUGAGACUACAGCAUCAACGACGACCACGACGACGACCACGACCACCACGACGAACCAAUGGCAGCUGGUGUUUCGCCAGACGAUGCCACACUUAUAUGCAGCCGAUGAGUGGUCCAAGAACACAAACGACACGAGCGCAGAGAAUUUCGCUAUCCUGGAUCAGCUCGAGUCCUUCCGAGUUAAUGGCAGCUUCUACUUCAUGCUGAGAUGGCCAACGAGCAACUUGGAUGAUCAGAUUUGGCAACAGACCUCCAACCCCGUGACUGCCACAUUGGGCACGGUCACUGGCUACGAAGCUAUUUCCGUGCCGUAUACUUUCUACAGUUGGGCUGGGCUCCGCCGCAGCGAAUCAAGCGCGCUGCUGGACGGCUCCAGCUUGGGAAACAGUAGCCUCUGGUUCUACGCUGUCGGAGCAAGAGAGUCCUUCAGCGAUGGCAUUCCAGGACCCAACAUCGUGGUGGAUCAGGUGGAGCUCUGGGUAUCCACCAUCGAGGUGCUGCCGUCGAGCACAACAUCCGAGACAACGAUAUCGUCGUCAUCGAGCCCGACCUCGACUGAGACUACAGCAUCAACGACGACCACGACGACGACCACGACCACCACGACGAACCAGUGGCAGCUGGUGUUUCGCCAGACGAUGCCACACGUGUAUGCAGCCGAUGAGUGGUCCAAGAGCACAAACGACACAAGCGCAGAGAACUUUGCUAUCCUGGAUCAGCUCGAGUCCUUCCGAGUUAAUGGCAGCUUCUACUUCAUGCUAAGAUGGCCGACGAGCAACUUGGAUGAUCAGAUUUGGCAACAGACCUCCAACCCCGUGACUGCCACAUUGGGCACGGUCACUGGCUACGAAGCUAUUUCCGUGCCGUAUACUUUCUACAGUUGGGCUGGGCUCCGCCGCAGCGAAUCAAGCGCGCUGCUGGACGGCUCCAGCUUGGGAAACAGUAGCCUCUGGUUCUACGCUGUCGGAGCAAGAGAGUCCUUCAGCGAUGGCAUUCCAGGACCCAACAUCGUGGUGGAUCAGGUGGAGCUCUGGGUAUCCACCAUCGAGGCCUCCGUCAAAGUAAUACAUAGUGCUGCCGUCAAGCACAACAUCCGAGACAACGAUAUCGUCGUCUUCGAGCCCGACCUCGACUGUUUGAAGACAGGCGCUGCGCACCGAGGAAGCUAUUUCCGUGCCGUAUACUUUCUACAGUUGGGCUGGGCUCCGCCGCAGCGAAUCAAGCGCGCUGCUGGACGGCUCCAGCUUGGGAAACAGUUCUACGCUGUCGGAGCAAGAGAGUCCUUCAGCGAUGGCAUUCCAGGACCCAACAUCGUGGUGGAGCAGGUGGAGCUCUGGGUAUCCACCAUCGAGGCCUUGGGCAAUUCGCGGAGUUUUUCUGGUCGCAAGGAAGCUGCUCAGGUACUCCAAGUCACUCCAAAGAAGAAGGCGGAGCUUUGUCGAUCAGGGACUCCAUCGCGAAGGAGCCCAAUGGAUGCGGUGUCCCAGAGGGGACAAGAAUGGCGUGAUGAUCGCAAUUUCGUCCCUGUGUGGGACGGGAAGCCCGAGAGUUUCUCCCACUUCGUGACGGAGGUGAAGUGGACGCUUAGCAGCACGAAGAAGGAAGACCGGGCCUUGCUAGCAGCAAAGAUCAUCCGCAAGGCCCUCCAAUCGAACCACGGGACGCUGGUUCAGCUUAUGUACAAGUUGGACCCAGAGGACUCUGGAGGAGAGUCCUUUGAUCCGGCAGCCUUUGCCGGACGCGGGGAACAAGAUCGGGAAGACAAGGUACAUGAUGAUAUGCUUCGAGCCCUCCAGCGUCUACUUCGUGAACGCGAGCUUUCCUUUGAGGGGUACGAGACAACGCUGGAAGAACUCAAGGAGUUCUGUGGAAUGGAGCCCGAGGCCUCACUGUACUUUGGCCCGCCUGAGGGCACCGACGCCGAAGAGCAAGAAGAGGAAGCCAAUGAAGAAGAGGACGAUGAGUACGAGGCGAGUGGCCGAAGCAGCCGGCGAUCGAGGCCACGGACCAGGAGCUCUUCGAGGACCGGCUCUGGAAAGGGCAAGUCGGCGAAGAAUCGGGCCGUAGAGGCGGCCAUGACCAAGCCCCGCGGCAAGGACCUGCUGCAGCGCUUGAUGGAGAAAGGCUUGAUGCCUUUGGCGGCGCUGGACGUGAUCCGUGGAUGGAUGGUGCUGGAGAUGGCGACCAGCAGCGAAGAAGAGCGCCGUGUGAUCAAGGCGGCCACGCGCAAUGGCUUGCGGUGCAGCGAGAUCAAGCAGACACUUUUGGCCAUGUUCGAAGAGCGAGGGAAGGGCCAGGCCAGGCCCUUCGGGAAGACCGCCUACUGGAUGGAGGAAUACGACCAGGCCGGCUAUGGCGGCCCAGACGGCGGCUACCCGACGGACGACCUCUACUACACGGAGGGCGCCGAGCAGUAUGACCCGGCCGCCUGGUGGCAGGACGAGUGGAGCUACUACCAAGAGGGCGCCGGUCAGGAACAUGGCGACGAGUGGCCGGAAGUGGUGGACGACCAGCGCGAGGUGGAAGAGCAGCGCCGUGAGCUGCAAGCCCUGCUCUCUGAGACAGACCGCAAUUUGGAGCAGGCCCGCCGUGCAGUGGCCCAGGCCGCCAAGGACCGAGGCUGGGGAGGAGGCGUUCAGCAAAAGCAACCCCGGCCAACGUCGACCUACAUGACAAAGGGGGCGAAAGGGAAGGCGGCGAGCUUCAAGGGCAAGGGCAAGAACAUGAAAGUGAUCGAGGAGAUGAAUUGGGUGCACGGCAAGAAGGGAGCAGCCAAGGGCGGCUCCAAGAAGGGCCCGCCGAAGGGGCCGACCGCCUCGCGACCGCCAACCUGGGGAUCUGCGUACCACAUGGACAGCAGCAUAGGCCUUGCAGCCGAGUUUUUCACAACGACCAAGGACGCCGAGCACCAUCAGAGUGAGCUUGGCCCGGCCGAAGGCCUGAUUGAUACCGGUGCCACGGCAACGGCCGGUGGAAGUGCAGCUGUGGAGCGGCUGUGCGCGGCCAUAGUGGCAGCGCGGCCGGAUGCCAAGGUCGACGUACAUGGAUCCGAAGCCUCGCGUCCAUAUUUUCGGUACGGCAGUGGGAAGUGGGGCAGAGCAUUGUACCAAGUUGUUAUCAGUUGUCCUGGUGUGUCCUUUGAAGUGUUUUCGUUGCCGAGUGAAGGGGUGCCAGUGUUGGUCGGCAUGCGGGAGCUCAAGGCUUGGAAGGUGGUGUUGGGAUGCGAGACGGGUCGAAGUUUGGUGCGAGGGCAGCAAACAAGGUUCCGCAGCACACCAAAGGGCCACCUGGUGAUCGACCUUAUCCAGCAUGUCUUGGGCACCUUCAAAACCAUGGACCCCGCAGGCGCUAAGGACACAAAGGCCCCACGACAAGCAAUGCCGCAGACCAGCCGAACGCAAGACAAGCACCACAGCUUCUAUCAGCAGCGUUGGCCCCGUUUUCGGACAGCCUGGAAGUGGGUUCCCAAACAGCACGCAGCCCCGAAGAAACGUGUGACGUUUUCCGUGGACCAUGCCAAGCAUAACUACCACUACAUGCUAGAGUUGCACCCAGGGAGCGCGUGUGGGACAUGUGAGUUUGAGCAGGAAGUUUGUGCAGUGACCGCUAGUGCUGUAGAGACGGCCGAGCAGGGGGCCACCGUGCAACCAGAAGCCCACCUCCUUCUCGCAUUCGCCUUGUGGAGAAUGGCGGCCGGCAGCAGCCAGGACCUGAAGAACGAGAUCCGGGCCGCCGUGCGGGAGGUGAUCAAGGAGACGGUCGCCGAGGAGCUCAAGAGCACGAUCAAGGAGACCGUCGCGGCCGAGACCAAGACCGCCGGGCGAGGAUGUGGCAAAGCAUCGAAGACCACCGCCGCCGAGCUCGACGAGACGCUGCGCAUGGGACCCGAUCUCCGAGACCCUCGCCAUCGGGAAGACCAGUGGCCAUGCUUCGGUCACCACUCAGCCGAGAGCGGCGGGAAUCGCUACGGCCGCUGGACGCUGGUGGAAGCGGCGGAUGAAUUCGAUCUGGCCACCAUUUUGGGGGCCCUGCAGCCACUCAACUUGUGGGAGGUUGCAUGCCGGACUGCUGGCAAUUUUGAGAAGGCCUGUGCCCACCGAGGAUUGAACGUGACCAGCAAGAACCUGACCACGGGGUGCGACCUGAUGCGCCAAGACGUCGUGGAGGAGAUGGCCCAGGCCAUGACCCGGCUGGCGCACACGGCUAUGGAGGCCAGCCACGGCACGGUUAAGAUCUACGUGGAGAUUCCGGAGAAUGACCAGGAGACCUGGAACAUGCCGGAGAUGAGGUACUUUGGCAGCCAGGUGUUCGGCGGGGAACGAGGGCGCCAAUAUUUCUACAGCACCUUGACCUACAAGGCCGGAACCCAGAAGGAGCACGAGACCAGCCCCGAGCGCUCCUGGAAGGUGCUGCACAACGACACGGAGUUCCACGCACGACUUCAUCAUGCACCCGAGCCCGUGGGCCCGGGAGAGCGGCCGAGAAGACCGAGGCGAGAGCCGAACGGCACCACGGCAGAGCAGCGGAUGGGCGGUUACCCGACCGAGAUGGUGGAGAAGAUUGCCCACACCUGUGGAAGUCCCAGUGGUACCGACGGCGAGAUUGAGGGCAACCAGUCGAUCACGCAGGAGCUCGAGGAGACCGAGGUCACACCUAAGAUGCGGGAGGAGGCCCAAGCUCUUCUCACACGGUUGCAUAAAGCGGCCGGGCAUCCUUCGAACCGAGCUCUGGCCAGGAUGUGCCGGGACCGCGGAAUGCCCCGAUGGGUGGUGAACCAGGCGCUGAACUUAAGCUGCCAGGCUUGCUUGGACACCCAACGCGGCAACCAACUGAUUGUGCCGUACUCUUUGGGCACGCGACCUCAGCCUUGGCAGAUGCUGGGAAUGGACGUGAUGGAGCUGGUGUUUCCCCAGCAGAAGCGGAAGGCCCGCUACCUCCUCAUGAUCGACUUGGUGAUGAGGUUCGCUUGUAUAGAACUCCUUUGGGAAGGCGCUAUGAACGAGACCGGCUCCGAUUCAGGUGAGAAGCUUGUGAAUGCCUUCAGCUCCACCUGGCUUUUGCGUCGGCCCCGGCCGGAAUGGAUCAUGGUGGAUCCCCAGUCUUCUCUGUCCAAGGGCGUCUUUGCUGAAUUCUGCCAAUGGGUAGGAAUUGGCCUGGCCGUGACGCCCGGGGAAGCUCACUGGAUGAAUGGAGGAGUCGAGAGCGCGGUCAAGUCCAUGAAGAAAUCCAUGCGCAGGCUACGCCAGGAAGAUUCGGAGAUGCCUCCCCGACUUUGUGGGCAUCUGGCAGCCAGCGCGCAGAACAACAUGGAGACCGUGAAGGGCUUCAGUCCAGUGCAAUGGGCCUAUGGUUCCAACCCGGCCGCCUGGAACCGCGAGGUGGACCCGCUCGAGAUGAACAAGGCCGCCGGUUCCAAGCCUGCCGAGUUUUGGCACAUGGAGAGAUGGAGGCACAAAGCCGGGGAGAUCCACCGACAGGAGCUGGCGAGAGAAGCCUUCACCCGCCUCCACAAUGCGGCACCAAGGCCGGUCGUCGACUUCCAGCUCGGUGACUGGGUGUGUGUUUGGAGAGACGCCACCUUGAAGGCUCGUCGUGCCCGAUCCGAAGAGACGACCGUGAACCCAGAAGCCCGGUUCAUCGGGCCAGGUCGGGUGGCACUCCUGGAACCCUCUGUGCAGCCAGACGGCCGAGUUUCUGUGAUAUGGGUUCUGAUGGGCACGAGGCUGCGGCGAUGUGCCCCGGAGCAGCUGCGACUGGCCAGCGAGCAGGAGGUGAUCACCGAGCUGCUGGCAAAAGGCAAGGUGGUGACCAAGCCCGUGCACGAGCUGAUGAAGAACCUGAAGAAGUUCGUGGACGUGACCGGCGAGAAGCCCAUGGACACCACGGGGGAUCUGCCGGAAGCACCGUGGGCUGAUGGAGCGCCACCACCAACACGAAGCCUAGGGCGAGCCCAGAGUGCUGAAGAUUGGGAGUCGGGACUGGACCAAGCAGCAGACCAGUGGCAGGGACGACUGGAGAACCGAGCACAGGCUCGAGGCCGCAAACCCUCGAGAAGCCGAUCGCCAACCGGCGCGGUGGCAUCCUCAAGUGUGGCCGUCAAGGAAGCCGUGGAACGAUGGCGAACCUUGGAAACCGUGAAUGCAAACCGGCGGCUCGAAGGACUGCCGCCACUUAAGCGAAUGCCCAAGGACAUCGAGGAAAUCGAGAUCUCCGACACUUGGGAACUGGACCAGGAGAACCGCCUCCUGAUCCGCCAUCAUACCACUUGGCGCCGAACUAUGUUUGUGCCGACCUCUUUGCCAAGCUGUCCGGUGACAAAGGAGCAGCUCACUGGAAAGAGGGUAACCCUAUGGGAGGACCCGGACGGUGACAAGGGCAGCUUCAUAGACUCUAUCUUCAAGCGGGGAAACGCUGCCAGAGACUUUGCAGACCGAUGGCGCGGCAGCACAAGGUUUGAGCUUGCCGAGGGCGUCGACGUGUUGAGCACCAAGCGCAAGGAAGGCACGCCGCCGCCAGACCCCAAGCGGAAGAACCCGAAGGUCGCAAAGAAGGACACCGGCCGGAAGGAAACCGCGGCGCUAGCCACCGAGGAGAACCCGGAGGAAACGACCGCGGAGAUCCCGAAGGAAACGACCACAGAGAUCCCAAAGGAAACGGCCACAGAGAUCCCAAAGGAGUCUGGUCACACUGGUCCGGAGAUUUUUCAGAUGGAUCGUCUGGAUACCGAACCGGUCAUCACGGAGGAGAUCUACCUUAAGGUCAAGGAGCGCAUCGAGCAGCUUGAGUCCCAGACGUACCAGGAGGUUUCUGUCAAUGCCCUGCGGCUAGAGAUGCAUAAGAUUCGCACUGAGGAGCGUCAGCUUAUGAAGGCCAUCCGCCAGGCGUGCGCCAAGCAGGAGUACGCGAUGACCGUGGAGUUCGACAUUGAUGACUUAUCGGCCUUUGUGGCGGCGGGCCCCACAUACACGAAGCAAAAGCUGACGAGCUCGACGGCGGCCAAGGAGGUGAACUACCGCAAGCUCGGGGAAGCAGACCGCAAGCGCAUGGACGAGGCCAUGGCCCGGGAAGUGUCGGAGGUAGUCCGUUCUCAAGCUUUACAGGCAGCCUCAGAAGGCCUCACGGAAGAGCAGGUCAAGGACAGAUUGAUUCCGAUGAGGUGGAUCCUGACUUGGAAACCGGUCCCCGAUGGCACUCCGCCACAGGGAACGACGAACGAGGUGGCUCGCGCGGACGGCAAGGAGAAGGCCAAAGCCCGGGUGGUGUUGAUCGGAUACAAGCACCCGGACCUUGCACGGCGCAACCCUCGAACAGGACUGCCUGAGCUUUUGACUGCAUCACCGACAUUGUCGCGGCUGGGAAGGCACAUGCUGCUACAAGCCACAGCCUUUGAUGGGCACACCAUGGAGUGUGCUGACGCUAGGUCGGCAUUCUUGCAGGCCGACGGAGGCAUCGGCACCGAGCCUCUGUACACAAAGGGCACGCCAGAGCUGGCCCGAGCACUCGGCCUAGAACCGGGAGCGAUUAUGAAGGUGAUCGGGGCGAUCUACGGCUUGACCAAUGCCCCGCGGAUCUUUUGGCUGGAUGUGGACGCCAAGCUUCGGCAACUAGGAGGCGUUCCCCACGAGGUGGACCGCUGCAUCUGGACCUUCCGCGGCAAAGAUGGCCGCAUCAUAGGCCGCAUUGGCGUGCACGUUGAUGAUUUCCUGAUCUGUGGAGAUCACCGCAGCCAGGAGUGGAUGGAGAUUCGAGAGCGCAUCCGGCAGCUCUAUCAAUGGUCACCCUGGAAGAAGGGAUCCUUCACUUUCGCUGGCUUGGAACUGAGCCAGAUGAAGAACCACGAGAUCCGGGUGACUCAAGAGGCGUUCUGCAACAGCCUGCGACCGAUUGAGAUUGUGGGCGAGAAGACCCGCAACGAUGCCGACCCCCUCACGGACAAGGAGAAGUCGCAGUACAGAGGCCUGAUCAUGAAGGCCCAGUGGCGCUCAGUACAAACUGGCUUUCAGUACCAGACUCGGAUUGGUCUGGCAGCCUCCAACGUGAACCAGGCUACUGUUGGUAGCCUCAAGGAGGCUAACAGUAUUAUGCGUGAACUGAGGAAGACCGCCAAGGAGGACCUGAUCUUUCAUGCUUUCAAUGCUGGUCGGGAUGUUCCCUUGGAAUGGCACCAGCUAAUCGCAGUGCACUUUGGCGACGCUGGCCACAACAACCGACCGGACGGAGCCUCUACGGGAGGAUACAUCUCCACCUUUGCCGACCCCGUGAUCUUGGAGGGCAAGGAGGCAAAGAUGUCGGUGGUGGACUGGCGCAGCUGGCGACUAGACCGACCCUCCAAAGGAACUAACAGCUCCGAGACUCAGGCGCUUUACGAGACUGAGGAUCGUGGUUGGAAGUGUCGCCUGUUCUGGGCACUGAUCAACGGUGAGCGACUGACGCGCAAGAACAGCAAGGAGCUUGCCUCGAAGACAGAAAGCCUGUUGGUUACUGAUUCGAGAGGCGUCUAUGAUGCCAUCACGGCAUCUGACUCGCCCUUGCUGGGCAUGUCAAAUGCUCGCACAGGAGUGGAAGCCAUGGCGGUGCAGAAAGGUGUUCGUGACGAUGGACGCUGCUACCUCACCUGGGUGCCUAGCGACAUGAACUUGGCAGACUGCCUGACGAAAGCCACCUCGGAAGCGUUCAAGGUGGCAGCCCUCUACCACAGUCGCAAGGGUUGGAUAGUGAGAUUCAACCAGCAGUUCGUGUCCGCGAGGAAACAACAAAGGCUGAGGCGUCAAAAGGAGGCCCUAGAGAGUCAGCUUUUGGCCGCUCGUGUAUGGCCCUCGGAUGACUUCGAGGAUGACAUACAAGGCCUGGCCGUAGACGUCGAUAGAGAUGCGGGCGAAGGCUCGUAA